AGUUACUCCUGCUUGGGGGGAAAAGGAAUUCAAUGUGGCGCCACACGUUGUCGGUCGUCUCGUGGAAUUUUCUUCUUUCGCUUGUUGAGUUAAAUGAGACAUGCCCACUGAAGAUUUCUGCAGCUCAUUAUCGAAUUUGGGAGUGGACUUGGUCUCCUGAAGUGAUUCCUUGGAUCUUGACUCUGCUGUAGGAAAUGGGUGGAAUCAAGAUCGUGUUGGGCCUCCUUACUCUGGUCACAAUCGGCAUGAUCAUAGGUGCGUUGUUUCAAGUGGCAUUUAUUCGGCAGCUUGAGGAAUCAUCAGGUUCCAAGUUUUCCUUGUCGAGGAGAAUAGGUGGAAGUCAGAGUGAAGGCCGUGCUCUCUUAUCAAGAGGACUGUCUCUUUGGGCAAAUGAUGAAGAUGCACGUGUUCUACGUCUUGGAUUGAUCAAGCCUGAAGUAGUCAGCUGGUCCCCAAGAAUUACUAUCCUUCAUAACUUUUUAAGUCCAGAGGAGUGUGAUUACCUUAAAGCAAUUGCUCGGCCAAGGCUUCAAAUUUCAACAGUUGUAGAUGCAAAAACAGGCAAGGGUAUUAAGAGUAAUGUUCGAACAAGUUCUGGGAUGUUUUUAAGCUCAAAUGAGAGAAAGUAUCCAAUGAUACAGGAAAUUGAAAAACGUAUUGCUAUCUAUUCUCAAGUGCCUGCAGAAAAUGGAGAGCUCAUACAGGUCCUUCGGUAUGAAAAGAAUCAGUAUUACAAACCACAUCAUGACUACUUCUCUGAUACAUUUAAUUUGGAACGUGGAGGCCAGAGAAUUGCAACAAUGCUCAUGUAUCUAAGUGAUAAUGUUCAAGGUGGUGAGACAUACUUCCCUAUGGCGGGAGAUGGUGAAUGUAGCUGUGGUGGAAAGAUGGUUAAAGGAUUAUGUGUGAAGCCAAGUAGAGGAGAUGCAGUUCUCUUCUGGAGCAUGGAUCUUGAUGGGACAUCAGAUCCAAAGAGUGUUCAUGGUGGCUGUGAAGUUCUAGAUGGAGAGAAGUGGUCUGCUACAAAAUGGAUGAGACAGAAAACCAGCUCCUGACUCCUGAGUCUCUCUCUCCCUUUCUCUCUUUCUAAAGUGCCCUCUUGAUUUGGGUGUAUCAUUUUUUUUUCAAAAAAUUAUUUAUUUACAGACCACAAUGUAGUCUAGUGUAAUAUAAGAAAGCUAUUGAUGUCGAGGACUACAGCAAAGAAUGGCAGUUAUAAUUUUGUAUGUCCAAGGAUGUGCUGAUAGUGCAGAGGCCUUUUUGAGUUUUAACCACUAAGCUUUUCCUUUUUA